GUAAUGAAACAGGUAUUGCGACAAGUUUGGAAUUUUUGGUUAGAGUGCUGCAACAACAAAAAGCAACACGGUCUGCUCUCGAUAAACCGGGGAUGGCGAGAACAUUAAAAGUAUAUAUACCAAUCGACACAGCAACAGUUCCGAAAGGACAUUCCCAUGUUAAUAAUCAUACCUUCAACGAUACCAUGACCGAGUAUACUUCUUCAACACCAACCUCUCCUCGCGCCAAACAUGCUACACGAGCUUACCGUGAUUACACUUCGUCAUUUGACGAGGCCGAGGAAAGUGACACCUAUGAAAAAAGGUUUUUGGAAAACACUUCAAGUAGAUGGAGGGCCAACAGUGUGAAUUCUGCGUUCGGUUUGACCUUCGUACAAGGCAGGAGGUUCGAAAUAAAAGAGGAAGACAGUAGUAACGGCGUGCCGAACUCGCGGAUAAGACGUGGUCGAAAUUGGGAAACCGACGACGAAUUGUUUAAACCAACUUUUUCAUCGUCACAGGUUCAUCAAAACUCCAACAAUAACAGUCCUGUGGAUGAAGCAUUAACCACCAGGUCAUUGCUAUAUCUGCUUAACAAGGAACGCACGAAGAGGCGUGAAUUACAGAAAGUACAUGACGAAUCACUCCAGGAAUUCCGAAAAAGAUAUAAUGAAGACAUUCAAGCUCACGAAUCUGAUAUUCAGACGUUGAAAAAUGCGUUGGUUAGAGAGUCCAAGUUGAAUGUUCAAUUAAAUAACCUUCUUCGCGAAGCUCAAUCCAAAUUUACCGAGGAGAUGAAGGUGUGGACAACUAAGGUGGCUGAGAUGGAAUCCCAAGGAAAAGAAUUGCAAAAGACAUUUCUUGAAACAAUGGAUCAGUUAGAAAGGGAAGAGGAGGAAAUACUGAGAUUAAGGAAAGAAAAUCAAGCAUUGAGAGAACAAUCGGGUAAUUGUACCAUGGACUCUUCGAGUUUGAGCAGAAGGAAUCUCGAAGAUGUUCACAAAGUUGGUUCUAUGGAAGAUCGAGAUGAUAUUUCUGUUUCAACGGAGACCAAACACACGAUGGAGUGUAAUGAAAUAUCUGACACCGAAUCCGUUGUGAUUGAUUCCAGGAUUUCGGAAUUAAAAGAACGCAUUGCCGAAUUAGAGAACGAACUCAUUUCUACCAAAGAACAAAACCAAAAGUAUAAAUCUGCAUUACAAGAGUCUGAAAUUGAAAAGCAAACAGCUGUCAAGCAACUCGAGGAGAAACACGAAAAGCAAGUACGACUGCUUCGUGCCAACAUCACCCAACAACAAAAGACCAUAGGUGACCUGAAUCAAGAUCUACGUAAGGCGAGAUACAACGAACAUCAGAAACAACAGAAGCAACCGCACCAACUAAUGCCGAGGCCUUCGUUGCUGUUGCAGCAAAAACCACUGGACGAUGAUGACGAAGAUCGCCAUCAUCGCACGCUACAAAAACGUCGGGCUAUUCUGGCCGAAUUGACAGAGAAUCCUUCGAUAAAAGAACGAAAAAAUAGCGUGACCAGUACCAAUAGUGGUAGUGUUGAGAGCAACAGCAUAAAAAGUGUAAGCAUUGGAGGGAAGGACGGAAGAAAAAAUAAUGUGGUAGAGGAUGGCGAAGAACAUUCCGAAGUUUGCUCAGAGGAAGAAGAUGAUCAAUCGUCAUCUUUUUGUACUGGGAGCGAAAAUUGGGUGCAAAGUCGUCUUGGAAGUGAAGAAGCGGCAAGCACCGUCGAACCUCGCCACAAAAGUUUUGAGAGAUUAGUCCCUUCAUUAUCAGUGAGACAUCCGCAUCAACAUCACAUCUCCGAUAAUGAAGGAAAUGAAUUAGAGAACGAAGAGUACAUGUUAGACGCCAUCCUUUCGGAUCGAGAGGAUCGCUCUUUACCCUUGAUUGGUCACUAUUCAGCUGCCGAAUUUACGGAAGACGAAGACUACUUUGAUUAUACCGACAGGGUAAUUUCCGGUGGUGAUUCGAUUAGUAGAAGGCACAGUCUGACAGAAAAGUAA